AUGUAUAGAGUGUGUUCACGAUUAUUAGGCAGGGAUUUCAUCUGGACGAUUCUUGAGCAAGCUCGUCUUGAUUUACUUUCUCGAAAUGAAACAUGUUUAUUAAAUCCAAGAAUGCCGUACGUAGUAAAUAAUGAAGAAGAUGGUAAUUGCUCGGAAACAACUACUGAUCAGAUUAAUGAUCACUCAACUGUGCAUAGUAAUGAUGCCGUCUUUGCAGCCAUGCUUUCAUCUGAAAAUUCACCUCAGAAGUAUCAAUUGCAAGUUCAGGAAGAGGAGUUUCGAUCAAGCUGUAAAAAAGGUUCGAAGAAGAAGCUAACUCAACCGGCUUCAAAACAUAAUGGAUAUUCAAUGAGUAUAACCUCACGGAGUUCAUCACAAACAAAUUAUACCUCAAGCGAUAAAUCAGCUUCGUUUCAUUUACUUUGGGAUGAUCCACGGUGGGAUGAAGAAACUGAUUUUACUAAUAUUCGGCAACGGGACCGAUAUUCAGUAGUAUCCGAUGUUUCUAAUAUGACUGAAUUCCAAGCUGCUCAAGGAUUAUUCGAUGGAUCAGAUGAUUGUCGUCAAAUCAGUUUGGUAGUUGAAAAAAAUAGUGAAAUUGGAACUGACGAGUGUAUUUCAAAUGAAAGCGAAAAUUGCGAAUUGGAUAGUUCUGAUUUUAUUCGAAAAAGUUGUAUGUCAGAUUCAAAACAUCUCUAUCAUAUCACUACCGGGUAUAUAACUACAACAGACAGUAUGUCAGUGUCCAGUGAACGUAGUUCACGUUCAUUUAUGUCGUUGAAACAGCGUCUAAUUGCAAAUGCCUCUUCAAGCGGAUUGCUUGAAUUAGUACAGACCACUGUAUCUCUUGAUCAGUUACAAACAAUAAUGACAGAUAGUGGAAUCAGCAAAGGUACCACGGUAUCAUCUUCAAACUUACUGUCCAACAGAUCACUUUGUUAUAAUAAGAAUUCAGAAGCAUUUUUAAGUGACGAUGAAGCAGUCGGUUUGAAUAUGUCCUACAGCUUUACAUCGCCAUCUCUGUCGAAUAAUAAAGUUUCUGUUAUUAGACGAACAAAUUUAAAUCAAAUUAAUGAAGAUCGUUGUUCACCAACAACAUCUACUCGAAGUAUGGAAUGGUUUGAUGAUGAUUACUGUCCAUUUCACGUAAAUCAAAAUUGUAAUGAAAAAUUAUCAAUGGAAAGUGGUAAAGACGAAGAAAAUCCAUUGGCCGCUUGUUUUAAUCAUUCUACUUUCGAUAAGCCAAAUGCAAAUACCUCGGAAAGUAUAAAACACAAAUAUUUAUUAAAUGUUACACGUGAUUUGAUGGCAUGGGCGAGGGAACAGUUCACUCCGAAAUCACAUCAAUUGAAAGCUCUCCAAUCAUUAUAUGUAUCACAUUGUCGAUGGCGAAGAAUUGGUUUGAAGUACAGUUCAAACAGUUUUGAGCAAUUUCUCACUUCACUUUUGCAUUUAAUGCUUCUUCGCCGAAUACGUUUUUUUGGUUGUACAAAUAUGCAAAUUAUUGCAAAGGUUUGUUUUUUAUCUUCCAAAUUUUUGCUUACAUUUAUGCUACAUUGA